AUGUUUGCUUCUCAGACCACCAAGUCACAAAAGCUUUUGCCUGACUCCAAAUAGCUUCACAGGUAACAGCAGGUCGAAAAUAUGCUUGAUAGACGGAUGAAGAGUAGCUUUAAUAAGACUACACAACUGAGCAUCAAUCAUCUUCCAUCAUAUGCGCUCAUUUUCCGCCACAGAUUCAGCCUUAGUGGUGAGAUGGGAUGUAUAAUUCUGCCCAUCCAACCAGAGUCGCAGAUCGGAAGACCAAGUAUCAUAAUUGGACCCAUCCAAUUUAUCCACACUCAAUGGAGCAAGGAUAUAAUUUGAGAAAAUAGUAGACUCCGACUUUUGUCCCGCCGGAGUCCCAGAAACAGAAACAUUGGAGACAGGAGUGUCCAUAAUCAAAGGAAAAAAGCAGAAAGAACAGGUCAAAAACUAACCGGUAGAAGGGGGAUCUGUGCGUCAACACAAAAAGAGGUCUAAACACCAAAACAAGACCAGAUCCAGAACCUACGCAAGGAGACGAGAAGAUCACAACUAGCCGCGGCCGGAGAGGGGCCUCCACGCACCGCCGGAGUGAAGGAGAGUGGCCGAGAGUGGCCGAACUGUCACGCGCGCGUGAGGGCGCGUGUGACCUUGAAAUUGGACGAGACCGGUGGCGUUGGAACCGCGCGGCGGAGACGAUCACGGCGGUAUGUGGAUCGCCGGAAAAGGUGACCGGACGAUGGUUCUGGACGAGACAGAAGUUGUAUGUGGAGAGAGAAGCGUCCGAAAAGUGACAAAGAGACAGCUCCGGAAAAAAAAAAAAAAAAAAUUAACCGACGAUGAACAGUGGGUUUCACCGAAUUUUUUUUUCAAAGUCUCUUAGGCUUUGAUACCAUGUAAAGAACCUUGGGAUACAUCACCCCAAAAGCUAGCUCAAAGAGUGGGAGUGCCCAAGGCCUUAUAAACCUCACAUUAGUUGCUCAUACAACCAAUGUGAGACUAUAUAUCUCAACAUGUAAAGAACCUUGGGAUACAUCACUCCAAAAGCUAACUCAAAGGGUGGGAGUGCCCAAGGCCUUAUAAACCUCACAUUAGUUGCUCAUACAACCAAUGUGAGACUAUAUAUCUCAACACGCCCCCUCACACGAGAGCCCUUUGGGCUUGAAGAGUGGAAGAUGCAACAGGCCCAACCUACCUGUGCUAAGAAAGUCCACAAGAGAAAGUGGGGGGCGGCGAUGCUCUAAUACCAUGUUAAAUAACGAGAGAAAAGAGAGGAACAUUUGAAAUAUUUCUGUGUAUAUUGACUGAUGAAGGCUGUACAAUAUAUAAACAGACUAAUGGGCUAAGCCCAAACCUAAUGUAACCUGACCUAAUUCAAAAUAAGGAAACCUUAAUUACAAAAUAAGGAAAAUCUAAUUACAAUAUAACAAUAUGAUAUGAGAAUGAAUGAAUUUUGUAAUCGCUGCUCGGGGAAUGAUAUGAAGGACAAGACCUAGGAAACAUGUCCGCACGUUUUUUCAUUUAUAUAAGAAAAUUCGGUAAUGAUAUAAUAAUAUUCCUACAUCAAUCCGAUCUUUCUCUUACCAACUACAUCAUUGGCUAGCAAUAUUGUUUCGAGGCAAACCAAAAAAAGAGAGAGAGUAAUAUUGUGGACUUGGAGAGAUUACAGACAUUAUCUUCGUGGGGAUCACGAAGGCAAUUUCUUUCACUUGGCGACGUGCUGAAUUGGACGUUAUAUAUAUGGAUGCAAGUAUAAGGAUCAAUGAGCAUCCCAUUGUAUCGAUCCAAAAACAUAACCAUGACUUCGAUUCAUCAAUCUUGGAGCUUCUUGUUCAUUACAUUUACAUGGAUUUUCAAAAUCAUAGGAAGGCCAGCAGUGGCAGAGGGAAUAUUUCAACCAAGUCAAUGGGCUCUUGCCCAUGCCACAUUUUAUGGUGAUGAGACUGCUUCUGCCACCAUGGGAGGAGCAUGUGGGUACGGAAAUUUAUUUAUUAACGGCUAUGGGACAGAUACAGCGGCUUUGAGCUCUACAUUGUUCAACAAUGGGUAUGCAUGCGGGACAUGUUAUCAGAUAAAAUGCUUCCAAUCGAGUGCAUGCUACACCAAUGUGCUAACAGUGACCGCCACAAAUCUUUGUCCUCCUAAUUGGGCCGAGGCCUCUGAUAAUGGUGGCUGGUGCAACCCACCUCGUACACAUUUUGAUAUGUCCAAGCCUGCCUUCAUGAAAAUUGCACAAUGGACGGCUGGCAUCGUCCCUGUUAUGUACCGCAGAGUACCGUGCGUAAGGCGUGGAGGGCUUCGAUUCUCUUUGCAAGGAAAUGGGUAUUGGUUAUUGGUGUAUGUGAUGAAUGUGGGAGGUGGAGGAGAUAUUGCCAACAUGUGGGUGAAAGGAAGUGAAACAGGGUGGAUUAGCAUGAGUCACAACUGGGGGGCUUCCUAUCAGGCAUUUGCAACACUAAGUGGCCAAGCUAUUUCUUUCAAGAUCACUUCCUACACAACCGCACAAACUAUAAUAGCAUGGAAUGUUGCCCCUGCCAACUGGGGCGUAGGACUAACUUAUUCCACCAAUGUCAACUUCUAUUAAAGUUUCUCCUUUUCAUUUACUUUUAUAAACUCCACGGUUAUUUUUAUCUGUUGUAAUGAAUUUUCCA